AUGUCGACAUGUUUUAGCUUAAUCUCAGUUUUGUGCGCAAUAAAUGUAGGGAUAUCAUUCGGUGAAAUGUAUACAUCCAUGAUGAAUGUGAAGCAAGCGAUACUAGCCGAAAAAGAACUCACCGAAGCCUUAAAAGCUUACAUUGAGCGCGAAACCCAAAGACUUGAUGACAUUAAAAGGUUUUAUUUGCGGGUGUUAAAUUUGCACAACGGAGUUUAUAAUCAACUAUCAACAGCAACGUCAAACCCCUUGGUGGCAUUCACGCUGGUUAAGAGACUACAGUCUGAGUGGUUGAAUGUCGUGUACAGCAAUGAAGCUCAAGACAACACACAAGACCUAAAAUCUGAUUAUGAGAGGAUGAAGGGCAGUCUACCUACACUGGAGGAUCUACAGGGAGCAGCCCAGGGGUUGAUGAGGUUACAGGAUGUGUAUGCUCUGCAUGUAAAGGGACUUGUGAGAGGUCAGUUCCAGAGGAUCACAGAUGGCAAAACCGUCAACAUUUACAAACCGUCUGUGUCCAUGUCUCUCUCAGGGGAUGACUGCUUCCUGAUUGGCAAGGUAGCUUAUGAUGUUGAAGAUUACUACCAUUCUGUGCAGUGGCUGGAGGAAGCAGUUCGGCUGUUCCGCGGAAUAGAGUGGAGUCCAGAACACGAAGGCACAUUAGAAGACGCUUUAGAUCACUUAGCCUUCUCACAUUUCAUGACUGGAAACAUCUCAUAUGCACUCAGUCUCUCGCGAGAGCUUCUACAUCAUGAUCCCAUGAACAAACGAGUCCUACUGAACGUGAAGAAGUACGAGAAGAUUCUCGUUGAAAAUCCGUCCGUGGGCAGUUCAGAGACUGUUCUGAGCAGACCCAGCUCCACCUAUCUGAGAACAAGGAACAUGUAUGAGAGGCUGUGCCAAACACAAGGAUCUCAGCCGAGGCAUUAUGAGAACCCUGAGCUGUUCUGUGACUACUUCACCAAUGACAACCCUGGUCUGCUCCUUCAGCCAAUGAAACGAGAAGUUGUCAGUUUGCAGCCUUAUGUGGUUCUGUUCCACAGUUUCAUCACAGAUGUUGAAGCCCAGAGCAUCAGGGACCUUGCCCUACCAGGGCUAAGGAGAUCGGUUGUUGCAUCAGGAGAGAAACAGGCCACCGCAGAUUAUCGCAUCAGUAAGAGUGCAUGGCUGAAAGGAACAGCACACAACACCAUAGGAAAGCUGGACCGGAGAAUCACUAUGCUCACAGGGCUAAAUGUGCAGCCUCCAUAUGGGGAACACCUCCAGGUGGUUAACUAUGGCAUUGGAGGUCACUAUGAGCCUCACUUUGAUCAUGCCACAUCAGAAUCUAGUCCACUAUAUAGCCUCAAAACUGGAAAUCGAGUGGCUACGUUUAUGAUAUAUCUCAGUUCUGUUGAAGCAGGCGGGUCCACGGCCUUCAUCUAUGCCAAUUUCAGUGUGCCGGUGGAGAAGAAUGGCGCCCUCUUCUGGUGGAACCUUCACCGGAAUGGCCAAGGGAACGGAGACACACUGCAUGCGGGCUGUCCAGUGCUUGUUGGAGAUAAAUGGGUGGCCAACAAGUGGGUCCAUGAAUAUGGGCAGGAGUUCCAGCGGCGUUGCAGUCGUAAUCCUGAAGAGUGAACUCGGGGUGGGGGGAUGAGAGCAGUGCUCAGGACCGUUUGGAGUACAAGAGCCAGGCUCCACAAUGGAGCAGUGCCGACAGAGAUGGAGGGGGCUAGCAAGA